AUGCGUUUCUCUUCCUCUCUUAUUGCUCUGGUAGCAUUUCUGGGCCAGGCUUUUGCUCACCCCUCCAACCUGAUCCAGCGUGAUAAUGGACUUGAAGUCAAGAUCUCCAGAGUUGGAAACACGCUCGUGAAGGCCACCAUUACCAACACUGCCAAACAUGAAAUUUCGUUCGUCAAGAUCAACACCCCAUUUGGCAACGGACCCGUUCACAAGGCCCAAGUGAUGAAGAAUGGUGUUCCCGUUCAAUUCACUGGAGUUUGCGCCUAUUACGAUGUUAACAAUCUUCCACCAGAGGCGUUUCAGGUAUUGGCAGCAGGUGCCAGUGCCGAAGCCACCUUUGACGUUGCUGAGACAGCUGAUCUCUCAGCCGGCGGCUCAUACAGCAUUAAGUCUGCAGGCACAAUUUCGAUCGUUGACAGAACCAGCCGAACUGCUGGUGUCACAGAAGCCGUUGAGUACUCAAGUAACGAGUUGACCAUCAAUGUGGAUGGCGCUGAGGCUGCAAAAGUAAAAAGUGCCACUGAAAAAUUAAAUAAGCGCACGCAACUCCAGCCAUCCUGCUCCUCCCGUGAUCGCCAAAUCAUGGAAGCUGCUAUCCGGCUCGGUGGUCGCUAUGCCCAAGCUGCUGCCCGGGCUGCCUCUAGUGGGUCCGCACGGAAGUUCCAGGAGUACUUCAAAACCACCGACUCUAGAACUCGCCAGCAAGUUGCACAACGCUUCAGCUCUAUCGCAAGGGAACACACCACUAGUGGUGGACGUACAAAGUACCACUGCAGAGAUCCUAUUGGCUUCUGCCUGCAAAACCCAGGAACGAUCGCCUACACCCACGUCUUUAACAAUGUGGUUGCCAACUGCGAUCGAUUCUAUGAUAAUGUCCCUGCUGUUGUCAACAGUGGUCACGAUACAGACCACGGGCAUGUUACUGUUCAUGAGUUUGCCCAUGCCUCUGCUGUUGUCAACCCUCACACUCGUGACCACGCCUAUGGAUAUGCAGGCUCGACAAGACUCAGCGCACGGCUAGCCUUCAACAAUGCCGACAACUAUGCUCUCUUCGCUACUGAUGUUGCCCGAAAUGGCGGCGGCGGCGGUGGCAACGGUGGUAAUGACGGGGACGAGGAGUAA